GUCUGUCGGCUUAUCCGGGUGGGGAAGCCAUGGCCAUUGGCCACCACCACCCAAGGGGAGCGCAAGCGCAGAGGACAAGAGCGCCUCCUCGUCUGGUCUGCUUCGGCCCCCCGCUCGCUCCUCCUGCCGAAGCACUCACUCUUCGGCUGCUCAUCCUCCUCCUCCUCCUCAGGAGCAGAACCAGACUUGCCACGAAGGAUUUGAUAAUCUAGGGGUUCGGGACGAGAUGAUAUUUUCAGUCAGCUUAUUUGGUAGUUCCCACCAGUCCAUUCACAAACUUUACAGGAAAUGCUGGUCAAGUAACUCACAUUCUACACUGAAUGUGCUUUCACUUGCAAAAACUGUGGGUCAAAGUAUGAGAAUGAAGAGGAUACGUGUCAAGCCUCAUGCCACUGACCUGAAGAAUCGCCCCCAGGCCCAUGAGGAUAAUGUGUUCUACAAAUUGGUUUAUAGGCUCCCUGAAAACCUCAGCUGGCUGUUGGCGUCACCAGAAAUGGCUAGAAGACCACCCUCAAAGAAGAAACUAAAGAAGGAAGAAAUGGUAAGUAGUAAUCAAUUUGGUGUGAUCUUGGAGUGGGAAGGAGUUGUUGUGGAAGAUGAUGAUCCAGAUUUGGAGCCUCGAGUUUGGUACGUGUUAUCACUUGAAGAGGCAAAGUCUUUUCCUCCAGAUGCAGUGCUGAAGGAAAUUGAGGGGAUGAGGACUGAUCAGGCUAUUUUAGAAGUCUUACAUUGGUCAGAAGAUCCACAAGAAGUACAAAGGCUGGCAGCACGCAAGGAGGUAAUAUAUAAAACAUUACGUGGUAGAUUCUACCAACUGCGACCAGGUGUUCUUGAUUUCCUGAACACCCUUGUGGAUUUUGACAUUCCAAUAGCAAUCACAACUCCUCGCCCACGGUUGAGCCUAGAAGAAGGGAUAAAAGCUGUUGGUCUUCAAGGCUACUUUGAUGCUAUAGUGGCAGCAGAGGAUUUCUGCCGAGGGAAACCCGAGGGGGAGAUGUUUGAGGUCACAGCAGGGCAACUUGGUCUUGAGCCUGAUGUUUGUCUUGUGCUGGGUAACUCAAAUUCGACAAUAGAAUCUGCGCAUACUGCUGGGAUGAGGUGUGUUGCGGUUGCAAGCCGAUACCCUGCCUAUGAGCUCCAAGCAGCAAACCAUGUUGUAAGAUGGCUUGAUCAGCUAUCUGUCGCUGACCUGCAAAGGAUUGCCAAUGGCGAGAUUCUUGGGCUCAGGGGCAGAAGAUCUGACAUGGACAUGGACAUGGAGAUUGUGAUCGAGGAGUGAUUUUUCUAUAUGUAUGGUGUGCUAAUAUUGCCCUAUGUAUAUAGCUCCAAUUGCAACCUAGGUAAUGCAUUACAUUUUGUUAACAGAUCAAGCUGAUUAACAUUGGCCGUUAGCUUGUUAACUGCUUGGUUUCUUGUAAUGCAGAAAUGGAACUUUUGUAGCCUAGAUGCUUUCGAUCUCUAGAAGAAUUGGAAGCUAAGAAAAACUCCCAAUCUGUAUCUCUUUUACCAAUGUAAUAUAUAAUUUAUAUAGAUUAUUAUGCCUUGUAUUUUGUUCCA